AAAGUGCACACAGCAAUCAUGGUGGCGUCGCGGUACAUUUUUCUGGCGUUAGCCGCUGUAGCAUCGACGGUAGCUGCUGCCCCCGAGAAGUCCACUGAACGGGAUGAUCAGCCAAAGCUCUGGGCUCUCCUCGCGGCUGGUUCUAACGGUUAUUUCAACUACCGGCACCAGGCCGACAUUUGCCAUGCCUACCACGUGCUGCACAAUCAUGGCAUUCCCGACGAACGCAUCGUGGUCAUGAUGUUCGAUGACAUCGCCAAUUCCAGUACGAACCCAACCCCAGGAGUGGUCAUCAAUCACCCCAAAGGUAACGACGUUUACAAGGGCGUUCCUAAGGACUACACAAGAGACCUGGUCACCCCGCAAAACUUCCUCGACAUCCUACAAGGAAAGAAAGUGAAAGGCGGUAGCGGGAAAGUGAUAGCCAGCGGGCCAAAGGACCACAUCUUUGUCAACUUCGCGGAUCACGGAGCACCUGGUCUGCUCGCAUUUCCUAACGACGAGUUGCACGCCACCCGCUUCGUGAAUGUCAUCAAAAGUAUGCACAAAGAAAAGAAGUUCGCGAAGAUGACCAUCUACAUUGAGGCCUGUGAAUCCGGUUCCAUGUUCGACGGCCUGCUACCCGACAACGUCAACGUCUACGCCACGACAGCGGCCAACUCUGCCGAGUCGUCGUACGCUUGUUACUGGGACGACAAGAGGCAGGCGUACCUGGGUGACGUAUACAGCGUCAACUGGAUGGAAGAUUCGGACAAGGAAGACCUGCACAAGGAGAAACUCUUCGACCAGUACAAGAUCGUAAGGGAGGAAACCAACACUAGCCACGUCAUGGAGUACGGUGACUUGAGUAUCGGAAAGCUUUCGGUCAGCGAAUUCCAGGGUGAAAAGGAGGUAAAACCAGUCGUGCUACCAAAGGUACCGUAUGACGCGGUCUCUAGCAGGGACGUCCCCAUAGCCGUUCUAAGGAGAAAAUUGGCGAGGGCAUCGAAACCAGAAGAAAAGAAAUCUUUAAAGCAAAAGCUGCGGCAAGCUCUUAGGAACCGCGCAUUCUUGAAGCAGAAAGUCACCGAGAUUGCCUCUUUCUUGGCUGAAGCUAACCCGGAAGAUUCUGAGUCGCUGCUGACUUCCAAGAGGCGGCUCACCAACUUUGACUGCUACGAGAAGGCAGUGCGCCACUUUAGCGACCACUGCUUCAACCUCUCGAAGAACCCCUAUGCUCUGGAGCAUCUGCGAGUUUUAGUGAACAUGUGUGAGUCGUCGUACAAGCUUUCGGAGAUUGUUGAAGCCAUGGACUUCGCAUGCACGCACCCGACUGUUGUAGAUAUUGUGUAAUAGUAUAUUGCAAAAUAUAGU